GGGAAUUCGGAAUUCGUUACCACAGCAAACAUGUAAACUACAUCGCAAGACUGCUAAUGUCGAAUCGUGAUUCCCGAUAUAAAAGUACUGGAAAUGACAUCAAUUUUGACGAAUAUUCGACAUAAUUGAAUUAUUGUUGACCGAGGAUUAAUUGGAAUUCCCUUACAUAAAAAGAACGGAGCAUUUUUUUUUGGGAUUAGCACUGAAGCUGAUUUAUUACAUCAGGGUCACUCCGCAUCAGAACUGCUGAACUGCGCUCAAUUCGGCAGCUCGAAACAUUUCACCGCUGGACCUGUGGGUGCACGGUCCCGUAGCGACAGCCUGUGAGCUAGGGCCGAAGGCUGAGGUCUAUUUUGAUUGAAGUGGAGACCAGUUAGACAGCAGUGAAAUCAACAUGAGCGUCAAGAGUGUUUUGAGUGAUAUGGAGUGGGACAGUGGGCUCCAAAUUCCUGUUGCCAAUCAGGAGAAUAAACUGCUCGAAGAACAGGUUGCCAAAGGACAGAAAGACAAGGUGAAACUUCAAGGAGAAGUCGGCCAGAAUGAAGAUAGAGUUCAUGCAAUGUCAGAGCAUAUGAGGAAUGUCCAACAGGAGCUCAACCAAACACAGAAUGUUUGCAGAGCCAGGGACAAUGAGAUUGAGACAGAAAAUCACAUGAAGCUGGUUGCCCAGAGGGAGGAAGGGCGAUUGAAGCAAGAGAUUGUCAGGUUGGAGAAUGACCUCGGUGACAUCAAAGAAAGGAAGAAUAUCCACCAGAACACAGUUUUCAAGAACACCCAGAAGUUGGAGGAGCUGAAGUCACAAUUGAACUGGGAUCAGCAAGCCCUUGAGGCCUGGCUAGAGGAGUCUGCUAGGAAGGAUGAAGACUUCAUGACCAUCACCAAGUACAGACAGAUUGAUGAUGCCAAGCUCAAGGAAUUGAGAUUGCAGAUGGAGAGAAUGACAGAGACUUGUCAGAAGCGGAAGAAGGACUUAGAUUCAGAAAUGACAGAAACGCUUACAGCACAGUUGGAGAUGGAUAAAACUGCUGAAGAGUUCCGCAAGGCACAUAAUGAUCGUCAGCAGCUGAUAGAACAAUGGGAAUCAACAAUUGAACAGAUGCAAAGGAGAGAUAGAGAGAUGGACAGAUUGGCCACGAAACUCGCGGAGGCCAAGUCGGACCUGAUGGACCAUGAGGAAAUGGUGAAGGAGAAGCAGCAGUUCCUGGAGAACGAGAUGGAGAACAACCAGGAGCAGACCAAGAAGAUCCAAGCCACGGAUCGACUGGCCGCUCGGCUCCGUCUCGACUACCAGGAUAACGAGAACCAACGGAUCCAGUUUGCUGAUGAGUUGGAGACCUUGAAAUUCACCGUUGAGAGGACGGCCACCGACCUUGAGGCCAUGAGAAGACAAGUCAAUGAACUCAAGAAGGAUGUAGAAAAUAAGAAAGAGAGAGUGGAAGCCGCCAAGAGACACCGUGGUGAGCUCAUGAGUAAACUCAAGAUGGCCACCGACCAGUCUCUCUCUGCCGAGGAGAUGGCUGCCGUCAUGGACUCCAUGCUGGAGGAUGAAGAGACCACACUGCACCUCUUGGAGCAGGAACUAAAGAGGCUUCGAGAUCUACAAUACAAGAGGUCCCAGGAGCUGUAUGAAGCCAAGACGGCAGAGAAGAACUCAAGCGCAGAGAUCCAAGGGGCCAGAGCAGCAAGUCGCAAUCUCUCAAGCCGUAUCAACAAGAUGGACCAUGACUCCCUCAAACAGCAAGAAAUUAUUUAUAACCAGGAUUUUACAGUUCAGCAGCUGGAGCGCAAGAUUGCCCGGCUGGAAGGCGAGAGAAGCACUGAGGAGAUGGACAUGCUCAACGCUCGCAUCAAGGAACUCACAGAUUUCCUGGAAGAGCGUAACAACACUCAUGGUCUCCUCAGUAAUCAGCUGAAGCGAUUACAGGACGACAUACGUCGAGUCAAGCGUGACCUCGACAAGAGCGGGGCGGAGAAGGCCGACCUUACAAGCAAGAUUGAGGAGCUCAACCUGCAUAAUGACAGCUCGAAUCGUGAGCUCAAACGCAUUGUCAGGAACAAACAGGACCAAAUGGUAGAAGAGAAUAUUCUCAAGUUGGAGUUGAAGCGUCUUCGAGACAUCCUCAACUCACGAGCCGACGAGGUGUUGACUCUCGAGAAACGUAGACUGCAGCUCGAGACAGCUAUGAAUGAGAGACGGAAGGAAAUCACUAUCCACAAGGAGAUGUUGAGGGCGCAAUUGAAGGCUAAUGACGAGGAGCGCGGUACGGUCAGUUCCGAGCUCCACGAUCGCAUUGCCAAAAUCGACAAGCUUCGCAAGAGGUAUGAGAUUCUAAUGGUUACCAUGGCACCACCAGAAGGUGAGGAGGAUCGCUCUCAGGCGUACUAUGUCAUCAGGGCCGCCCAGGAGAAGGAGGCCCUUCAGAGGAAAGGAGAUGAACUGGAUGCCAGGAUCCGUAAGGCUGAGAAGGAGAUCAAAGCCUUGGAGAACACGCUCAGAUUGAUGAACGGACGCAACGAACAGUAUAGGAAGAGCUUCAACAGGGUUACUGAAACCAGUGAAGAGUUCGAGGAGAAGCAACGUCUGGAGGAACAGCUCAGGGCCGCCAUGGACAAGUACAAGUACAAGAGAAGACAGAUCAGGGAGCUACAGGAUGAUCUUCAGACUAUGAGUUCAACCAUGGAGAACCUAGGACGGGAUGAGAGCGCUUACUCAGAGAUGAUCCAAGAGAAAGAGAACAAGAAGCAACAGCUGACCAAGGAACUGGACGAUCAAAAGGUCAAGAUUGAGAGGGUCAUGAAGCAGAUCGCUCGCUACGCCAAGGAGCUGAGGGUCAGCCGUAAGGUCAAAGGUGAAACUCAUGAAGAGAAAGACUUUGAGUUGAGGGAACUGAGAGAGUUCAACAAGAACGUGAUGAAAAUGAUGGGCGAGGUUAUCCAUUCCUACCCUGACAUAUCGCCAACAGCUCAAAUGCUCUUCUCACAGGCUGGCUUACCAGUGCCACCCCCACCAAGUGCCACUCAACGCUCCUCCAGACCAGGCUCUGCAUACAGCAGUCGCAGCCUCUCAUCUCCAAAGACGCCCUCUUCAGUUCGGAGCGGUGCAUCAAGCCGAGCCAGCAGCAUUGGUUUGAAGACGGUGGACGUCGGAGGGUUCGGGAUGUCCAGUAGUCCUGCUGGGACGCCCAAGAGCGGACGAUCGCCCGCUGGAUCACGAGCAGGCAGCCGGACCAGCAGCCAGGGCAGUCUUCGAAGUGGACGUCACUGAGGAAAUACUGAUUGGGAUAGAGGCCUCUGAAGGGGGGGGGGGGGGUCUUGAGAAUCAGUGGAUCUAUCUAUUUAUUGAUUCUGAAAUCUGUUAAAGUUCAGGUGGGGGUCAGUACCAACAAGUCAAACUUCAGUUUUAGAAACUUUUAAGAUCGUUAUUUAAUGGUCAUAUUGAUCACAUAUUGUUCCUCAAAUUGGCAGUAAUUGCAAUAUCUUUCAAAUCAGUUAAUCUUGUUUAUAAGUUGUAUUCUCGGUUAGGGUCAAGUUGGGGGUCAACUAUUCAUUAUUUAAGUUUAAUUGUUAAAUUGAUCGCAUAUUGUUGGCCAAAUUAUCAGUUUAUUUUUGCUGGCAAUUUUUUUUUUUACACACAAAUUCCACAGUUUAUUUAUGUUCAGUUUAACUCCGAAAGUACAAUGAAAUAAUUGCCAAUUCAAAGAUUUUGAGCUUCAUUUUUUUUCAUUGAAAAAUAUCCUUGCAUCAGAUGAAAUGCCCUUGAGUUAAAAAUUAGGAUUGUUGGUACAGUAAGAAAAUGGAAAAUUAUAAUAGGAUAUGGGAAAAUAAAAAAGGCAUGAGUUACUCUUGAUAAAAUUUGUUUCAUUGAGAUACAUUCCAAAUUAAAUGUGAGAAGUGUUGUGUGUUUUUGAAAGAGAGAGAAGAGAGAAAGAGAGAAGAGAGAAAGAAAAAGAGAGAGCGAGAGAGAAAGAGAGCUUCAAGGAAAGGCGAAUGGGAAGGGAAGAAUAAAUUGUAGUACAUUAGGAUUUUUUUUGUCAUAAUUCAGGAGUGAGGAAAUUUUAUAUAAUUCUAGAUUUUCUUCUGUAAAUCACCUUGCGUGUACAGUACAUGUAAAACUUAUAUUUUGUAUAUAAAAAGCUUAUUAUAUAAAUAUAUAUAUUUCUUGCAUUUAGCAUAAAUGGGCUUGUAUUCUGAAUACAGGUUGAACUGCAGUCAAAAUUAUGCUUUGACUAUGGAAUGCCAAAUGUGGCACAAAUCUCCAACAAAAGAGUUUAGUAUCACAUUUGGCACAUAAACCAUUAAUAACUGUUUUUUAUUGAUAAUUGAUAGUUUUCUUUACCUUUAAAGCAUGGAGCAAGUGUGAGCAUAAGAAAUAAAAGUGUAAACAAGGUUUUGAUAUUCGGACUAUUCAUGAUUCCAGCAGAGUAAGACCAUGUCUGACGUUGAAAUUGUUUCUUAAAGGGAUGCUCCAGGCUGAAGAUAUAUAUAUGUCAAUAAAUAGAGCAAAAUGCAGAAUAUUUGAUGAAAAUAGGAUAACAAAUAAUGUUAUUGAAUUUUAAAGAUUUGCAUUAUUCCGGUGAAACAGUAUUAGGCAUGUCUUCAUGAAUAUUCAUUAGAUGGGCUGAUGAUGUCAUAUCCCCACUUGUUCUUUUGUAUUUUAUUAUAUGAAAUUAGAUUUAUUCAAAAAAUGUCUACCAAGAACUAAAACAAUUGGAUUGACAACUGAUUAAGUGCAUUAGUUAUUUCUUGCUGCAACUUAUUUCAUCAUAAUGGAGACACAUCACUUUCAAAUUUAUUAAAAAAUGAAACAAUUAUGAUUUCAUGUAAUAACAUAAGAAAAAGGAAAGUGGGGAUGUGACAUCAUCAGCCCAUCAAAUGAAUAUUCAUGAAGACAUACCUAGAACUGUUGCACCGGAAUAAUGCAAAUCUUCAAAAUUCAAUAACUUCGUUUUUUGUUAUCCGAUUUUGAUCAAAUUUUCUGCAUCUUGCUCUGUCAGUUUUACUCUAUUUAUUUAGAUAUAAAUAUUUUCAGGCUGGAGUAUCACUUUAUACAAUUGAAAAACUUGUAGAUUGUCGGGUGGAGAGGUUUUAACAUUACCAAGAAAUUGCAAAAAAGAUUUGAAAUGUCAUGCCAGUUUUUUUUCUUUUCAAAAUUCAAUUAUCAAAUGAAAUUCAUAAUAAAUGAUAAAAUAAAUUAUCUGAUUGUCGAAUGUGAAAGAAUAGUCUUUUUCAUAAUGUCCUGAUCUACAUCUAUAUAUACUUGAUGUUUGUUUUGACUUUGUAAAUAAAUGUCGCUUUUAAAAAAGGAA